CUGUCUCUUUCUUGCAGACUUGCCAAAAGUUUUUCCUACUGAUACAGAAUUUGAAGAAUCUAGGCAUUCCUACCCACUUCAUCUACCCCUGACCACCUCUAGUUCUUGCAAUGCAAAGAUGCUCUGACUAGUUUGUGGAUUUAUUUCAAUGUGACGGCACUGGGACUCACUUGAGAAAAGGAGACAGUUUGUCUGGAAGGAUUUGGAGAAGAAGCAAAAAGUCUCAACUGUGGCUUUUAUUUUCUGGCUGGACUCCUUUGGUCGAAUUUUUGCUACGUGGAUCACCAAGCAGAGACUUAGAACAGGACUCGUCAGACAGCUUCUUCCUCUUCACAAGUGUUGGAGAUCCUGCAUAGGCCUCUGUUGGAUCCAAGCCCGGUGGAGUCAGAGGAAGGAGGAGGCAGACAAGUCGUGCACAGAAUGGGAAUUUAAACCAGCUGAUCAGGGACAUGAAGAUUUUCUCGCCAGUAUGACAGAGAUUUGACUGGAUGUGUUUUGAAGCAAGUUGAGGCCUACUAAGUAAACAUGGCUACACUUAGUGAAUAUGUGAGCGAUCCUAUCGGCAUGAUGUCCCAGAACCAGACUUCUUCAGUGAGCGAACGCGAGUGCUACUACAAUGAAACCAUAGCAUUUUUCUAUAACCGGAGUGGAAAACCUCUAGCCACAGAAUGGCAUACUGUCAACAAGCUGGUGAUGGGACUUGGUAUCACUGUAUGUAUAUUCAUCAUGUUAGCCAACUUACUGGUUAUGGUGGCUAUUUACGUCAACCGCAGAUUUCACUUUCCUAUUUAUUACCUAAUGGCAAACUUGGCUGCUGCAGACUUUUUUGCAGGACUAGCUUACUUUUACUUAAUGUUUAACACGGGUCCUAACACUAGAAGAUUAACUGUGAGCACUUGGCUGCUUCGGCAGGGUCUGAUCGACACCAGCUUGACAGCUUCUGUAGCCAAUUUGUUGGCAAUUGCCAUAGAAAGACACAUUACAGUAUUCAGAAUGCAGCUGCACACCCGGAUGAGCAACAGAAGAGUUGUCGUCGUCAUAGUAGUCAUCUGGACAAUGGCUAUUGUGAUGGGCGCGAUACCAAGCAUUGGAUGGAAUUGUAUCUGUGACCUUGAGCACUGUUCCAACAUGGCUCCACUCUACAGCGAUUCCUACUUGAUGUUCUGGGCCAUUUUCAACUUGGUUACAUUUGUGGUGAUGGUGGUUCUGUAUGCACAUAUAUUUGUGUACGUUCGCCAGAGGACUAUGAGAAUGUCAAGGCACAGUUCUGGGCCUAGGAGAAACCGUGACACAAUGAUGAGUCUUUUGAAAACUGUUGUCAUUGUAUUAGGAGCUUUCAUUGUCUGUUGGACCCCAGGCCUGGUUCUGUUGCUACUUGAUGUGUGUUGUCCACAGUGCAACAUCCUAGACUAUGAGAAGUUCUUCUUAUUGUUGGCUGAAUUCAACUCCGCUAUGAACCCCAUCAUCUACUCCUACCGAGACAAGGAAAUGAGUGCCACAUUCAAACAGAUCCUGUGCUGCCAGCGAACAGAAAGCGCAAACGGUCCCCAGGAGGGGUCUGACCGCUCCGCCUCCUCACUCAACCACACCAUCUUAGCUGGUGUCCACAGCAACGAUCAUUCUGUUGUUUGAAAUGAGUGGGGCAGCUCAGAAUAUACAUAUGCCUAGGCCAAUCUGGAGCACCUGCCUAACUGUUUUGUGCUGCCGAGCCAGCAUCAUGCCAGGAAUUGGGCUGGCAACAACAGUAUUCCUGAACACUAAUAGGCAACUCCAGUGUUACUAAACCCCUGUUUAACACAUGAAUUUAUAAUGCUAGAAAUAAACAUUGGUUCACCUACAUAAAGCAUCCUUAUGAACUUGCCACUUUCAUGUAGAAAACAUAGACCUUUUUUUAAUGAUAUAUUCCAUUCAAUAAAACAUACAUUUUAUAGCCCAUCAGCAUGCCUGUGAUGGACACUGUUUUCGAGUGAUUUGGUAACAUUUGUAUAGCUGCACUGCCUUUAAAAGGAAAAAAAAAAGAUAUUUUUCUAAUAUAAACUGAAGUAUUGUGCUAGUUUUGUGUGUAGUCUUUCUCCGUUACAUGAAGUUUUAUUUUAUAAAUAUAUAUAUUUUUUUUUUUUACUAUUUUUUUAGAUGAGGCAUUUGUGUGCUUUCAAGAAAAUGCAGACCAAUAAAGGGAUAACAAGUAGCAAAGGUUACAUUUUGUAAUGUGUACCAUUGGCAGUAUAUGGGCUCUUGUUCAACAAGACUUGAUAACAGCUAGGUUUGUUUAUCUGUGAGAACCAUAUGGAUGCCAGGCUUGCUAGCAGUAUUGAUUUUGAAGUCUAACAAAACAAACAUGGGCAUAUGCCAUCAAUGUGGUAAUAUUGAUAAGUCGGUGUUUUAAGUAUUAGCAUAAGUCAUUAAUAAUAGUGGCAGUUUUAUAGGUUGUUGUAAAAGCUAAAAAACACCUAUAAGAUAUACAACAGCACAUUAGAGCUGUGUUUGAACAGACAUUGCAUAUAACUAUUCGUUGUGCUCCUGCUAAGUAGUUUUAUAGUCAUCCUUUAACCAAUGCAUGAAAUUGUCAUCAUAAUAAAAUAAAUAAAUAUACAUGAUACUAUGGACAGAAUACUU